AAAACGAAAUCUGGUUAUAUUUAAUUAGGUAUUUCCGGAGCAUUUCACUGGUAAUUGAGAAUGCUUUACAUAAAAAACACAUUACUUAUAAAAAAAGGAAAAAAAAACAACUUACACAACGAAAAAAUUCAAAAGUAAAACAUCAAUAAGAGAAAAAACAACUUUUUAUUCACUUGAGUGUAGCUGGCUGUGAAAAACAAUUGACAAAAUGACAGUUACGACAGAAACCUUAGCCUACUCUAUUUAAUUAUUCAAGGAAAUAACCAGAGAUAAGGUAAGACCUUACSUUGUCUCUGGAAAUAACCCAGCAAAACGCCGUUCUUAUCAAUUAUCGAUUACAUAACCAAAAUUCCAGAAUGUUCCAAGUCCGGUCCUGUCACCCUAAUGUCACUUGUCAUUUCUUCGUAUUAAAUAUAAUAACGAUUUUACCCAAAACCGUUUCCACACCUAUUAAAAUCAUAGAAAUCAAGCAUUACAUAACAAUAUGUUAACGAUAUUAUCAAAAAAUGAUAAGAAAAGCACAUAAUUCGUUUCUAAACUCGGCUUUAAUAAAAUUUGGGGUUAAAACAUGGUACAGAAUCGUUUAUUUUACGUUUUUACACCAACCACUAGUUAACAUUUUUUGCUCGUGAAUCAAGCUACCACGCUGCGAACAAUUGACUGUUCCGCAGCCGCCCGACUUCGAGUUAUUGACCCUCGUUCGCCUUCGGUCGUUUCCGGCGCAACAUUCUCGUCAGUAAAAGCGAAGGCAGCGGUGAGAUUAAUGAACGUCGUUGUUGUGGCACUAAAAUCAACAAUUUUAAGAAAAAUUCACGCUCUAUGUGUUGAAAAUGAGUGCAGAUAUAUCCCAAAAGGCAUGUGAGUCAGUUUUUCGUCGCGAAUGUUGUGUUUAAAGGCGCUGCACGUUGCGGCAAGUCGAAGUAUUAAACGAGGUUUAAUGUGCUUGUGAACAAGAUGGCCGACGACGAAUAUAACAGAAAGUUGGAGAGUCUCCAGCAGUAUAUCCCUUUUUUGAACAACAUGAUAGUGCAAUUGAAGGACCCCAGGAAGAAGAAUCGGGAACAACAACUCACGAAGAUGAUGUCGCUGCAUUCGAUGAUUACGGAUAAGAAGAAAAAGUUGAAACUUGAAACCUUGAUAAAAUGCGAAGACGUCAUUUUGAAAUUAUACGACAAAGUCAAAUCCGGUUCACAAUCUCAAUCCCAUUUUAAUUCCGAACCCUCAUUAACACCAGGACCACCUCCAACAAGCUCUAAAUAUUCACCUAUUACACCAUCAAGUCCAAGUCCACCACGUGACAUUCCAAAAACUCAACCGGUGGUAAUACCCACCGAAAAAAUACCAGAUAAGGAAAGCAAAUUAACUAAGUCUUCUAGCAGUAGUUAUAAUAAGCCUAAAAUAGACAUUUAUAGUAGUGCAGGUGAUAGUCUUAAGUCAAAAUCAUAUGAAAAAUCGAGCGUUUUUGAACGUUUGGGCAAAAAAGGGCCUGAUAUGUCCAAACCACCUAUUAGUUAUGCCGAUUUGGAAGCUCUCCAAGACGAUAGUGUUGAUACUGAGAGAUUGUCAUUGAACGAAUUGACAGAUUUAAGAGAGAAACUUCAAAAACAAUUGAAAGCGUCAGAUGAUUCCAGCGAUUCGUCACGAGAUUUACUGAUUAAUACCACAGUUAGAAAUACUACAAUAUUGACAAAAAAAUCGGUUGAGAAAAGUGUAUCUAGUGACAGUAAGGUUAAACCGGUUGAAGUAAAACCAGUGGUUAAACCGGUCCCUGUCACAAAACCAGUUAAAGUGAUCAAAGAAGCCGCCAGUGUAUUUGGAAAUACACUUUCUAGUAUAGAUAAUCAAAUUUUGGAAGGUAGUAAAAAGGAACGUCGAAGUUCAAUUAGUAAAAAAGAAUCAGAACGAAGAAAUUCAAACGAGAAAAAAUCUGAUAUUUCUAGUCAUAAAAAGACUGAGAAGAGGAGUAGCACAGAACAUAAACAUAAAGAAAAGAUAGAUGAUACAAAACUGAGUAAAAACGACGAGAAAGUUAAUAAUAAGGAUGAUAAACCGAAAACCGAACAGGUUUUUAAACGCCUGGCCGACAAAUACAAUCCUAAACCGAGGAAACCUCAACCUGAACCGACUCCGCCUCCAAAAGUACUAGAAACUCCUCCUCUUAUAAUUGACAAACCUCAGAGUAAAUCUCCAGUCACUCCUCCAAUCCUCCCUUUACCCUCCCCUACCAGUUCAACUCAUAGUGCUGAUAGCGAAAUAGCUUCAUAUAAUAAAAAACCCAUUCCUGUACCUAUUUUCAACCCAAAUCAACCUCCUCCCAACUUGACUCCAACUCCACAUCACAUCCCGAAUUUCGUCAAUAACAUAGUCACAAAUCCGAACACUUCGACUUUAGUUAACAAUCUUGUGAAUCAAUUUCAAGCCAAACCGAAUUUCCCUCCAAAUCAACCACAAUUCAGACCUCAAUUCCCUCCGGGGAAUUACCCACAUUGGCCGAAUCAAUGCCCCUCGCCGUACCCCCAACGCCCAUUCACGCCAUUACCCAAUCAGUUUGAACAAAUCCAACCGAAUUUCCCCCCACCACCGGUAGUGGGAGGACCUACUCCCACUUUCAAUCAUCAACCUCAAGAUGGACUUUUCGGGAAAAAAGAUAGAGAUAUGAGGCCACGUGACGAUUGGAGACGAUCCAGAUCACGUGAACCGAAUCGUGAUCCUCGACUACAUUCGAGAAGUUUCGAUUCAAGGCCUACUACACCACGAAGGGAAUCGAAAGAAUAUGAAUUUAAAGAUCCGAGAUUAAAUCGUAAUAGUAGAUAUGAUAAUGAAACAGAUAGGUCAAGAUCAAGGUCACGUGAAAGUGAAGACAGUAACACUUUUUCAUCACCAUUGGAUAGUCUAUAUAGUUCAAAUGAUGGUUAUAGAAAAACAGGAAAAGGUUACGGUGUUCAAAAUUUCAAAAUACCGAAAAUUAAACGAGAAGAAGAAGAUGUUUCAAAACCUGAAGUUGGAGAACCGAAACCUUGUACUAGUGAAGUUAUUGAAGAAAAUAAAACGAGUGAAUGUGAAGACAAUGUUGUUUUGGGUAGUGUAUCAUCAUCGACAGAGUGUGAAAAAAAGAAUGAAACCGUUGAGGAAAAUGUAGAAGUUGGUGAAAUUUCAUCCACCAAUGACAUACAAGAGAAUCAAUCACGUGAUGAAGCAAAACCUGAGGAUCAAACCGAAAUUAUUAAUAAAUUUUUGAAGACACUUUUAGAAAAUGAACGUACUCGAGCUGCAGCAUCUAUGUUUAUCGAUACCGUAUCGAAUUCACUCGAUGAUGAGAAAUUAAAAAUGGUAGUACAAAAAGUGAAAGCAGUUAGUGAAGAAGAAGAGAAACGUCAAUUAAUUCGACGAAAAAUGAAACUUAAAUCGGCUAAACUCAAAGCACAGCUAUUGAAGAAGAAGAAAGCCGUUCAAAGGAAGAUGCGUUUGAGGCGUGAACGUCUUGCAAAACUUGGUAAAACUGAAAAAGAAGAAACGAAGAAGGAGGAAGAAAAAGUUAAAGAAGAGGAAGUUUUAGUUUCAGUCGGUGAGAGGAUUAAGAAUAGGAAAAGAAUGGCGAGUAGUAAAACACCGAAACGAAAGAAAUCAAAGCAUAAAACCGAACUCGAUUUGCUUCAUGAAGACAUUCAAGAUAUGUUUAUAAGAGAUGGAGUUUUGACAGCGACUGGUAAAAGAAUGUGUCGAUUGUUGAAGAAUGACGAAGCUAAAACACCACCACAACCUGAAACACCAUCUCGAGCUAGAAGAAUCACAAGAAGUGUUCCUGAAAAGUUCGAUUCUGAACAAUUGAAAGAAAUGAGUAAUGUUCGAGUUCUCAUACCGAAAAUUUCAGUUGAUAAAUUGACAAUUGAUGAUGAAACUCAAAGAUACUCAUUGAGACGUUCCAAUAAAACGACUAAGAGUUACGCAGAGGAAGAUAGUGAUGAAGAAAAGGAUAAAGAAAAGUCGACUAAUGAAGAAGAGAAGCAAGAAUCGAGUGAAGAGAAAGAACCACCAGUAGAAAAAUUGCCUGAAACGCCAAAACGGAUCAGAAAGCGAACGAAAUCGUGGGCUAGUGGCAUUAUUCCAAAGCAAAAACGCAAGAAAAUUAUAGUUGAAGAAGAAGAACAAGAAGAAGAAGAAAUUGUUGAAGAAAAAGAAGAUGAAAAGACUGAGUUUAUCGAACCUGAUAAAAACUACUAUUCAUCGAACUCUUGGCAUUUUAAGUCACCUUGUAAGCUUUGUCCCUAUUUUGGGAAAAACAUAACGAAACAUUAUCGUUCCAAACAUCCCGAUUCGGAAGUUUUAUCAUCGAGAUUACGACCAGAUAAGGCCGAAAAAGCGAUAAAAGCCUCAAUUGAACUGAAAUUGGAUGAAUCUGAAGAUGUAGCAUUAGCUUCAACACGACAAUACGCAUUUAAAUGUCGUUUCUGUGACAUUGAAAUGAAUUCGAAACCGACAAAUUUUUUCGAUCAUGUUACCACACAUACUGGAGAAUAUCGACAUCUAUGUACUUUAUGUCAGUUUUCUGCUAGUAACUGUAAACCACUAAAGAAUCACUAUGAGAAGAUUCACAAGAAAAAUUAUUAUUCGAGAGUAGUUUGGAUUAAGUCACGGAUCUAUGGUUAUAUUUGUCUCGAGUGUAAUUUUGUCCAAAUGAAUCGGAAGGCUGUUGAAAAUCACAUCAAUGUUUAUCAUUUAGAAGAAGGGAACAAAAUAAUGAAGAUACAUUUAUCAUUGUAUGAUGACGCGACCCUUAAAAGAAAUCUGACAAGAAUGAAGAAAGCACAAAUUGUUGAAGAUGCUAAGGAAGAGGAGAUUGAAGAGCCGAAAGUGAAAAGAAUCAAAACUCCUAAAAGAGAGUCACCGGAACCAGUAAUCAAGAAAGAGAAAGAGAUUGACAUGACUGUCUUUACUUGUAAAACUGACAUUGAUGAAGAAAAUGAGAAAAUUGAACAAGAACGAUUAAGAAAAAUGGCCGAAUUGAAUGAAACUGUUAAGACAAAUCGUCAGUCUUUGAAUUUCAUUGACGAAUUAAGCAAUCGAUUGUUACAAGAGGAGAAAGAAGCACCCGAACCGGAAAUAAUGUUUGUUAAAAACGAACCAUUAGAUCUUGAACCAGACGAACCUGAAAUUGAACCACAACCCGAAAUCACCUCCAAGAAACCCUUAAAAAUAAUCGAAACACCACUAACAACAACAAUGGAUGUGGUCCAAAAAGACAAUAUUAAAAUUCAAGGAAUGAUUGAGAAACUUCAAGUUAAACUUAAAGAUGGUGUAGAAGGGCCACCACCGUUGACUCCACUUAUCGAAAGAAAAACCGACGAAAGUGGUGAUAAUCUCAUAAGUGCUGGAUUUUUGAACAUUAGUAAACUUGAAGAUGGUCUUGAGUAUGUUUGUAGAGUCCCUUCGUGUCUCUUUUCGACUAAAUUACGCGAUCGUUUUGUCACUCACUGGGAGGAGGAUCAUACACGAAUCAAUGAGAAUUACAAAAUGACCAAAUGUAAGAUUUGUCAAAUUGAAAUAACCUCAAGUGUUGAGUCACCUCUCUUGAGUGAAUUYUUCGCACAUGUUGAAAGCCAACACUUGGAAACACCGGUUUUACGCACUCGUCGUUUAAGUGGUGAUAAACUAUCGAAAAAAGAAGAAGAGGAAGAGGAGAAUCCUUGGGGGAUUAAAAUCUCCGAUGUUAUAUCAUUGGCUGAAGAUCCACCAAAAGUACCUCCACUAUCACCAAUCAAAGAACGACAAAGUCCCAAAAUUGAAAGUGUAGUCUUGAAGGAAGCCAAAUUGACAUCGGUUGAGAAAGAAGCGAAAUGGAAAUCGAAUGAAGCAAUGUCGAAAUUUUUACGAUGUCCAAGAGCUUUAUACAAAUGUCCGCAAUACUUUUGUAUGUUUGCGAGUAGUUUGCGACCUUUGUUUGACAACCAUAUUAAAAUUCACUCACCGACGAAUGAACAACUCAUGUGUUGUGUCUAUUGUGACGUUAAAACGCCYCUAAAUCAGGCGAGUCUUCACAUUGAUUUGAGACACUCGAAUUGUCUCUAUUCGUGUUCGCAAUGUUUGUAUCGUGCCCUAAUGCGAGAAUAUGUAAUGGUGCAUUUGAAAUUGAGACAUCCGAGUGAUGACCGCAUUAUUGCACUUUCACCAAAACAAGCAAAAACUAUAAUGAUGAGUAAACAGAAAAAAUUCACAGUGAAAGAAGCGUGUCCUCCGUAUAAAUGUGGUCAUGAAGAUUGUACAUCGCAUUUCUUGUUUAUCAACGAGUACUAUAACCAUGUAGUGAAAAGUCAUGAAGGCUUAAUGAGUUGUGGGUAUGAAAAUAAUGACGUGAAAUGUCCCUACAAGUGUGGAUCAAUUGAUAAUUUGAUUGAUCAUUAUCGCUCACAUAAUUGCUAUCCUUUGCAUUGUCUUUUGUGCACAGUUGGAUGUGUUGAAUUGUAUAGUAUGCUUGAACACUACUCUUUACUUCAUCCUAGUAUGGUUCCAGAGGUGGUUGACCGAAGAAAUAGCCCCAAAGAGUCACGAGUGGGUCAUUUUUACUACUACAAUGAUGAGGCUUUUGCCAAAGUCCGCCAUGUCCCAUCUACCGAAAUACUAUCAACAAUCGUCACCAAACGCUUCACUGUGGUUCCCGUCGACGCCCCGAUUGAGUUACCCCCAAAACCGUCAACUCCCGAACCCAAAAAUGUGACUCUAGUACCGUUAUCUUUGAUCCAACCAAACAAAACCCCCGAAGCUGGGAAAAUCAUUGCAAUUUUCCCGAAUUCGAACGAUCCUGUGAAAAUCUUCUCGCCGUCGACGAAACAAAAAAAAGAAACAGAUUUUGUCUUCGCAUCGAGUGAAAAAGACGAUCCGAUUCGAGUCGACGAAGGCGAUAAUAGUACCGAUCCAUUGAGUCUUGAAACCGAUUCAAAUGUCAUGAUUUCGGGUGAUGAAAGCGAUUCACAAGAACCCACCGAUGGAUCAGUUACGAAAAAUUACGGUCUAAUUGGUUAUCAAUUGUUUCGAUGUGGUUUCUGUGAGAUCUCCUUUUCGAAUGCACGCAAUUUUCGAACACACUGUAUGAAUUCGAAGCAAUGUCGUGAUGAUAGUACAAAUAAACCGUUCAAGUGUGUCCAUUGUGAGCGAAUGUUUAAAAAUCCGAAUGGUUUACUCGAACAUAUCCAAUAUCAUGGCCAGUUGAGAUUCUGUUGUUCGCUUUGUGUACGACGUUUCCCUUCAUCGUUUUCAUUGAGGUUACACAUGAGGGGCAAACACAACGUUACUAACACAAUCACAACCCCUUUGACCCCCAAUAAGACCAACCCCGAAUGUGAUGAAUUCGUUCUACGACCGGUACCAUUAAUCGAACCCACGGAUGCCCAAAGUACCACAAUACCCAUCGAAAGAGACGCUUAUGGUCCUGACGAAAUCAACGAUUUGCCGAAACGUUGCAUUUUCACAUCGGAGAUCAAGUGUGCAUUGUGUGCUUAUAGUACAAAAGUUCGUUCGAAUCUCGUCCGCCAUUUGCAAUUUCAUUCGGCUGAAAAAUCAGUCCCUGAAACAGCCCCCGUAAAUCCAGUUCCGUGUCUUGAAAAAAACGAAAAAAUGUUUGAUAAAAUGACCAAUUUAGCGAUUAGUUCCUUUACGGCUACGUCAAGUCGAAUGGGYGGGCCUAAAACCGAAACAGUUCAAGUCCCCGCCUAUGUCCCCUCCCAUCGUCGUUAUGUUUGUUGUGCACCAAAUUGUAAUUAUCUCUGUUUGGAGGAGUCCAAUCUUCGGCAUCAUUUAUUCGCACUGCAUGUUGAAGAAGCGUCAUUUACAUGUGCCCAUUGUAAGAUUAACCUCAAAAUGGAUAUUGAGGGUUACCUCAAACACCUCAAACUUCACGAUUUACAUCUSUACAAGUGUUCACAUUGUUCAUUUGUGCAUAAUUUACGUCAUAAAGUUGAUAAACAUGCCGGGGAUAAGCAUCCCGAUAAAACAACCAAUACUAUCACAGUGCGGGCUUUAGAGGCGGAGCUUCUUGAAAAUGACCAAUCAAUAGCACCCGUAGGCGUGACUAAUAUCAAAUGGACUAAACCCUGGCAUUGUGGUAUGUGUAAAUAUCGAUGUGCUGCAAAAGAUGAUAUUGUCACACAUAUUUUCAACAAACAUGAUAUUAAUACACAAUUUAAAUGUACGUUAUGUUCGUAUAAAACAAAUGAACGGAAGACGUUUAGUGGACAUUUUAAAGAAAAUCAUCCUGAUAAUGACAUUGAUAUUAUUUAUGUUUACUAUAAGAGUGUUGAAGGGGCGACGUCAACAAGUGGGCAGAAACAAUUCGAUACCACGCCUCUUUGGCAACGUGAUAGGCCAAGAGUGCGUCAUAUUCGUGGCAUUCUAUUUGAAGAAACGCCCCAAAAAGGCAAGAAAUUGGUGACGGGGCGUGUCCCAAUAACUAGUACGCCCUCCACGUCGGGUACUUCAAAUCUAGACCUAGCGAUUGAAGCCGUAGCUAAAGGCACCGAUGAGUACACAUCCGAUAAAAUGGAAGAAACGAAAGAAGAAUCCGUGAUUUUGAUCGAUGAUGAAGAAGAAGAUAAUGAAGAAGUGGAUGGUGAAUUGAUGAUUGACGUGGAGAAAGUUAAAAGUGAUGAAGAAAAGGAGUAUUUGAGUGAGGAGAAGUUGAUGCAGAAAUAUGGGAUGUUGUGUUUACCGAUGAAUCGGUCAUUCAAGUGUCCUAUUUGUUUCAAAUUCAAGACGAAGAAAAUUUCCUAUUUUGUAUACCACAUUUUGGGGGAGUUGAAGUGUCAAAGGUACAAAUGUAAGGUUUGCGACUUUGGGUGUAUCACUAUGGACACCAUGUUGUCACAUUGUCUGGAUGUUCAUGACAGUGUUGCCACUGAUAGCAUCACCGAUAUACCACUCGAUCAAACAGUGGAAUUUUGGCUUCAAAUGUUGAUUAAAUAUCAAGCGAAGGCUCUGGUCCAAGGGGCGAAUCUACCAAUGGGUGAAGAGGCCACUUCGGGGGCUUUCAAGACCCAGUGUUUGUAUUGCCCACGAUGGUUUAAGAACAUGUUCAUGUGUAAAGAACACGAAUUGUGUCAUUGGGCCGAACACACUUACGUUUGUGGUCAUUGUUUUUCCGAACAUGGCACUCUGGAUGACUUAUUCCAGCAUACUUUUUUGGUCCAUUCGGCUUGUGAGCCGUCAUUGGUCACGAAAAACGGUCCAUUUGUGAGUAAAGUGAUCACUAGUUUGAAAAGUCCCCCAGUUGGGGCGCUCCAAGGGGGCGCCGAUGAGGUACUCUACGCGUGUGUUUACUGUUCUGAAGUGAAGAAGAGUUUCGACGGUUUGAAACACCACUUUAGUGAGUGUCACGAAAGUUCGAAUUUUUGCUACAAGGUGGUGACAAGGUCGCGAGUUGAAGUGAUGUAUUGUUGUUCGUAUUGUCACGAAAGGGGCUCGGAUAAGCACCUAAAAAAGCACCAUAGUGAGAAACAUGAAGGGCUGAAGUUUAGUAUUUAUCAGUAUAUUUGUCUCGAGUGUUCUGGCACUUAUUUGAAUAUCAAAGAUUUGAGGAAACAUUUUAGUGUGACUCAUGUUGGGAAGAAACUCACUUAUAGUUGCGUUGAGAGUAAACAAGGGGGCGCCAAGGAGCAGUAUUGUUGUAGCAAGUGUCCGUUUCGAAGUUGCAGUGUUGGGGGGAUUCGCAGUCAUGUUCGGAAGCAUUUGCGACCGAUUGAUUGUCUCCGAUGUGGGGCGACGUUUAUUUAUCCGACGGAGGCGCGCGCUCACCACAAUAAGGAGCAUCCAGAGAGUGUGGAACAAGUCGAGGAGAAUGCAAACAGGUUGAAGGAGUAUGAAACAAUGGUGCAGGAGAUUGUGGCGGCGAAAGCGACUCCUGUUAGGAAAAUGUUGGCGCGUAAGUCGACGGGGGCCCCAUUUGUCAGGAAGGAAGAGACGGAUUUGGGGAGUAUUACGACGACUAUUGAGGUUAAUACAGUUACGACGAGGAUUAGUGUUGAACAGUUUAGUAAUCUUUUCAAUAUUUUUCCAGUAGUCGAAUUGCGGGAUUGUCAAAAUAGGGGCUCUUGACGAAACGUGAUGUUUUGUGACGAUGAGGAUUUUUCCAUGGAGGAGCUUUUUGAUACGAUUAUCAGUCAAAUUCCAGAUAAUGUCAUUGUGCAACUCAUGGAGGAAAGUUCAAACCAAAAAGAGGAUUAAUUUGUAUAUUUCAUUAGGUUAAUUUUUAUAAGAUGUAAAAGCGUACCGGAUUUUUUUAAUAAGAUUAAUAAAUCAGGCUCAUUAUGAUAGGACUAAUUGAAAAAAACAAUUGUUUCAAUACUGAAAAAUAUUAUUUUUAUUAAUCGGAAACCUCGUUAUCCCUUAUGAUCCCUUUGUUUUAAAAUAUCUGCAUCCAUCAAGAAGCCUGUCUGAUCAAGCUCAAGAUGGUCCACG